GCCCCCCUCGCAGUAGAGUACGAAGCUCGGAAAGCAAAGAAACCAAAGACCAAACUCCCCAAUCAAAUCGGAACUCCGCCCAAUUUAGCCCUGCAACCAUGUACGGCGGAGAUGAGGUAUUAGCUAUAGUGGUGGACUUAGGCUCACACACUUGCAAAGCUGGUUAUGCCGGCGAAGAUGCUCCGAAAGCCGUCUUUCCUUCGGUUAUUGGAUCAAUUGAUCAAAUGGAAGUUGAUGAGCCGGAUAAUCCAGACAAGAAUUCUGGAUCUGUUCCAGAUUCUAAAUCCAAGGCUAAGCGAAAGUUAUACGUAGGAUCCCAGGCCUUGGGAUUCCGCCGGGAUCAUGUGGAGGUCCUAUCUCCAAUUAAGGAUGGGAUAGUUGCUGAUUGGGAAAUUGUUGAAAGCAUAUGGGAUCAUGCCUUCAAGGAAUGCCUCUUGAUUGAUCCUAAGGAGCAUCCCAUGCUGCUUGCUGAGCCAUGUGCUAAUUCUCAACAACAGAGAGAAAAACAUGAUCUAAUCUGUCAGACUAUUCCUGGUAUGGAGAAUUUUGCCGAGACUGCUCCUUCUGUUCGUGGACUGCCACAAAUGGUCUUGGAGAGCAUAAAUAAGUGUGAUGUGGAUAUUAGGAGAGAACUCUUCAGCAGUAUACUGCUUGCUGGUGGCACUGCAUCCAUGCAACAGUUAAAGGAACGUCUGGAGAAAGACUUGCUAGAGGAAUCUCCUCAAGCUGCUAGAGUGAAAGUUUUGGCAAGUGGAAAUGCAACAGAAAGGAGAUUCAGUGUUUGGAUAGGUGGGAGUAUAAUGGCGUCGCUUGGAUCCUUUCAGCAAAUGUGGUUUUCAAAGUCUGAGUUCGAGGAACAUGGAGCUUCUUAUGUUCAAAGAAAAUGCCCGUAAAAGUACUUGACUGGUGCGGACAAUUAUCACAUUAGACAGAAAUUCAUGGAGCUGACUUCACUUUGAUUAGUUUGCUGACGGUAUGGGUUGCUUGGUUUUAAUAUCCUGCUCUAUAGGUGCCCAAACAAUGUAAUAUAUAUAUA